AUCAACAAUUUUAAAACUGGAUAAGAAUUUCUCUCCUUAUCGCUUAUCAGCCAAAGCCAAACUGCCAUUUCACUGCACAGUGCCAAGAACAAGCCAUGGCUGGGUUAACCAGCGCCCGCACCAGUGGGUACCCCUUCGACCCUAUCCUUACCCCAACGACCACCAAAACGACGUCGUCUCUUCUUCCUCUCUCCUCCAACUUCUUCGGACUCCGCUUGAAUAUCUCCAAACCCGACUCUUUCAUCUCUCUCUCAUGCGCCUUCCCCACCUCUGUAGUCACCGCACGUUACGGUGGCUCACGUUCUUACAGCGGUUCUCGGCGGUCAAGGCAGAGUGAUUCCGACGAAGAGCAGGCUCUUGAUAUAUCUAGCAUUCGGUCAUCUACUGUGAGGCUCAUUGAUCAGCAGCAAAACAUGGUUGGAGUGGUGCCUAAAAGUGAGGCAAUUCAAAUGGCUGAAGAUGCUGAACUUGAUUUGGUGAUAUUAUCCCCAGAUGCAGAUCCUCCAGUUGUUAGAAUAAUGGAUUACAACAAAUAUAGAUAUGAAUUGCAAAAGAAGAAGAGAGUACAGCAGAAGAAAAGUGCUGCAAGUCGCAUGGAUCUGAAGGAACUUAAAAUGGGUUACAACAUUGAUCAACAUGAUUAUGAUGUACGUUUGAGAGCUGCUCGGAAGUUUUUAAAAGAUGGCGAUAAGGUUAAGGUCAUAGUGAACUUGAAAGGUCGUGAAAAUGAUUUCAGAAAUAUUGCUAUUGAGCUUAUCAGACGUUUCCAGAAUGAUGUUGGGGAGGCCAUAGUUUCAAAUAGACUGAACUGUUGUACAGCAAAUAAGUUAUAUGCAAGGCAAGCUGAAAACCAUUUGCUUGCAACCGAGGAGAGCAAGAACUUCAGGGAUAGGAAUAUAUUUAUUGCUUUGGUGCCAAAUAAGGCUGUUCUACAGAAAACGCAGGAGCUGCCAAAGAAAAGAGACAAGUCAGCCAUAAAUGAAGUGUCAGCUGGUGUGUGAGUACUUUGGGAGGUUUUAUGAGGGGAAUGGUUGGCAGGUUGAUGUUACUAAAGGUCGAGUGUAUGAACUUGAGGAAAAAAUGCACAAAAAGGUCAGUCAUGCAUUGAAGGAGUUCUGUAAACCAAUAUGAGAAAAGUAUAAAGCUUCCUCCUGCGAUUGGCAUACAUGGAUUGGACCGACACAAUCAAUCAGCGUAUGGGAACCAACAAAGCAGGAAAGUAAAUCUGAAAUGAGAAUCUUCUUUGCUUUAUGGUUAUUUUUCUGUAACUCGGAAGUUGAUGGAUUUAUAUACAUUUUCUUGAUUUGUGUCCCAUGGUCAACGAGAAAUCCGGAGAGGAGAAGCUAUUAGGAGGCUGUAAAAGGAAUCAAUCUGUGUCUUUGAUUUUAAAAUAAGUUACUACUACUCAUUACCAAAAAUGAAAGAGAGAGGGAGAGAGGGAGAGAGAGAGAGAGAGAGAGAGAGAGAGAGGCUCCUAAUGAAUGCAAAACUGGAAGGCUAGUAUGGUUUGGUGUGGCAUGGCUUUUUCUAUAUAUCGGGCUAUAAAAUUGACAGAGGAGAGGAGGUGGUGUAAUGAAGUAGGAGGGGUUACUCUGUCUGGAUGUAGAGGCUUCAACUCACCCAACUAACGAUUUGAAGUUGGCUUUGAUGUUAAGUUCUUGCUGCUCAAGCAUUGCACUUUCACAUUUUUUUCA